CGCACCCGGCUUGGCGCAUGCGCAGUCGGCCUGGCGAUGCGGGUGCUGGUGGGCGGUGGGACUGGCUUUGUGGGCAGAGCCCUGACCCAGUUGCUGCGGAGCUGUGGGCAUGAAGUCACCCACGUCUCUCGACAAGGAGGCAAGGAUCGGAUCAGCUGGGAAGAGUUGUCCCGCUCUGGACUGCCCCUGUGUGAUGCUGUGGUGAACUUGGCUGGUGAAAAUGUCCUCAACCCUUUCCGCAGAUGGAGUGAUGCCUUCUGCAGGGAAGUCAUCAGCAGCCGGGUUGAGACCACCAAGACCUUGGCCAAAGCCAUUGCUGAUGCUGAACAGCCACCCCGUGCUUGGGUCCUCGUCACUGGCGUAGGCUAUUACCGCCCUAGCCCCACAGCUGAGUAUACUGAGGACAGUCCUGGGGGGGAUUUUGACUUCUUCUCACGCCUGGUGAGCUCCUGGGAGGCUGCAGCUCUCAUCCCUGGGAGCCCAGCUCGUGGUGUUGUGGUGAGAUCUGGGGUGGUGCUGGGCCGAGGUGGUGGUGCAAUCUCUCAAAUGCUCUGGCCUUUCCGUCUGGGACUAGGAGGCCCCUUGGGCUCUGGGCUCCAGCCCUUCCCAUGGAUCCACAUUCGGGACCUGGCUGGGAUCGUGUGUCAUGCCCUGGAGAGUGAGUGCCUGCAAGGCGUCCUCAACGGUGUCUCCCCAUCCUCCCCUGCCACCUCCAAUGGCACCUUUGCUCAGGAGCUUGCUGCAGCCCUGGGACGCCCAGCCCUGCUGCCAGUGCCUGCUUGGGCUGUGCGGGCUAUCUUUGGGGCAGAGCGGGCCGUAAUGCUGUUGGAGGGCCAGAGGGUGGUGCCAAAACACACCCUGGAGAGCGGCUACCAUUUCAUUUUCCCUGACCUAUCUGGAGCUCUGAAGGACAUUGUGGCUUGAGGGCUCCUCAUUUGGGCUGUGUUGGGCCCUGUUUUUAUGAGAUCCCUGGCUCACAUGCCUUCCCCUGGGUGAAAGAGGGUAGCCCUGCCCCUUCUUUACAAUUCCCCAUACAGAGAGGGGGAGCAAUCUUUUUCCCUUCUGUCUCCCUUUGUGCAUCCCCAGUUUAGGAGUCAUCCCUCUUAUUGCCAUCUGCAGUCUGCACAUUACCUGCUUUUGGGGAAGGGCACAAGCCUCUCUAAGGAUUGUGACUGCUGAAUCUGCCAUCUUCCCUUUUCCAGUGUGCAUGUGAGCUGCUUGCAGAGCAGCUAGGGGUUGUAAUGUCUCCUCCCCUGACAGACAGGGGUGGCAACAGGAAAGGUGUUCAGGUGUUGUAAUUCCCCUUCAUGUUACUGAAAGUCCCUCUUCCUGUUUUUCCCCAUGUCUUUCCCCCAUGGUCACAUAGAGACCUAGUUAUGCUCUUCUGCUUUGCCUUUCUCAGUCUCAUAGGGAAUGGAGUUGCAGUUGUGGGACAAGAUCCACCUUGAGGGAACACAAAGGGUGCUGGAUACAGAUGGCUUGGAGACUGCCAUCUCUGUUCUUGGGGUGCCUCUGUGCUGGUACCAAGUUGCUGUGUCGGAACCUCCAGCUGAGCCUAGGCCCAAGAGUUGCAACCCUCCAAGGUUGCAUAACCUUGAUGCUGUGGUGGGCAUGAAGGAGAACACUGCUUUGCCAGCCUGUAGGGACAAGGGUGGCAGUCUGUUGCACCCGGACUGCUCUUGAGGCCUUGGGUAAGUGUUGACUACAUCUGAGCUUGUGCUGAGGAGAAUCUGGGUGGUUCAUCUUGGUGUGAGGUAGUGCAAGGCACUGCCUUAGUCUAAAGGGAGCACUUCAACUGUUGCCUUUGUUGUAGUUAUCUGGUCCCAGGCAGGGUGGUUUUCCUUUAUUCAUCUCAUGAGGUGGUACUUGUAUUAAGGGCAUUCCCACUGAUUGGACAGUGAGAAUAUCCAGGCUACCUGGGCUGCCUUGGGAAGCAGUACCUCUUCUCUUAUGGAGAACAUUGCAAUUUCAUCAUCUCAUACUGUAAGGAAAUGUAUCCACAUGCUUCCCUUAACCCAUUUUCACAUGCCAAAGUGAGUUGCUGGAUGUGAAAUCUACAGAGCAGCUAAGUUCAUUAUAGCACUGCUUCUGGAGAAAUAUUCCUACUGUGAUGUAAUUUUGGGCUAGAAAAAUAUAUUUAAAAGCACUUUGGGAAGUUAAAAAGACCUGCUCAGUUCCUGAAAUAAGAAACCUUCCAGAACAAGAACCUGGCUUAUGCCAGGUUAAUGUGGUCACAGUAGCUGAAGGGUCAAUCUUGGUGGAGUCUAGACUCCCCACUCACCUACCUCUUUGCUCAGUCCAUACUGGAGACAGAAUGGCAAUCUGCUGACUUUCUGGGCGGGAAAAUUAGAGUGGGACUGUCCAGCUGGAGCUAGAGAUAGUCCUUGCAGUCAGUGCGAGCACAGCCAGGUGAGCUGGGACUUUGGGAAUAGCUAUGAAAGCACCAUCACCUGAGAUAAAUGUGGCUUGCUUGGAUUGUGUCUGUGCUGCCUGUAAGUUAGGUGCGGAUACCUUUAUCUUCCCAUGUGCCUCAGUCUCCUGUCCUUGAGAGCAGGCUGACCUACUCUGAGUUACAGACCCAGUUCAUUGUGGGGCAGUACAAUGCAGAUGAUCAGCAGUGCUUCGUCUUUAGUUACUCCAGCUACCUUUUUAGAGCCUCAGACUUCAGUCUGCUUCCCCAGAUGUAGUGGACUACAGCAUCCUUAUGUCAGGCAAGCUGCUUAGCUGGCCCAAUUAGGUUGUUUCUGUACCUGUAUGUACCUUGAUCAUUGCAACAGCUUUGGGUUGUGAUUGGAAAUAAAGACAAGUAUGGCUGGAGAAGAACUGGCAACCUGCAGCUCUUCUGAAAGAGGGUUGCAUAUCCCAUGAAAAACUACCACUAAGCAGAGUUCCUAGGCCUUGGACUCCCUGCCUGGAUGUGUAACUCAGGAUUUUGAAGGGUUGCCUCUGCAUGAUGUUUGGCUUAAGCACAUGUCACAGGACUUAGAUGAGCUUCUGACACCUGAAUCCCAGUAUGGGUUCUGAAAUUGAUGCCUGAUACAUCAGUUGCCCCUGCCUGGACCCAAGGCCUCCUAGUUGCCCAGCUGGUCCAGCUUGAAGUUUGCUGGUGGAUACACAUGCACACCGCAUGCACGCCUGGUUUGUGGGAGAUACAGACAGUCACCUCCCCCAGGCUCCAGCAACCAGGCACACAAGCUGUGAGCUGCUGGCACAGAGCCCCUUGCUCGUGCUGGUCCUCCCAGUAACUGGUUUUGUGGACACGCAGAGUUAUCGCUGCAGUGGCGGUAGGGUGAAGCUCCACUGGCUCCAGUAGCUGACACCACAGGCCAGGAGUGCCUGCUCCCCCAUCUGACUUAAGUAGCUGGCACCAAAUCCACUCAUGCUGAUCCUCCAGUAGCUGGCACUUGGCCCUUUGCAGCACACCUACAUGGGGUAGAGUGAGAUUACGCAGAAACAGUUAUGAAAAGAUUUAAUAAGAAGACAGGACAGGCUGUGGUGGUCAAGUGUAGAGCUCAGCCAGACCAGCUCUGACUGACCCAGGUUUAUAUCUGACCAGCCUCUUUUAUACCCCUUUUCUGUCUACCCCCCUCUUUGUUGCUCCCAGCUUCCCCUCCCCUGCACAUUCUCUCAACAGCUGACAUGGUCGCAUGACUCCAUCCAACAUCCUGGACACUCAGGUUUGCAUCCUUACCAGUUGCAAAGCCCUGGUUGCCUAUAGCUUCUUGAGAGCUCAUCAAUUAGUGUGACUAAUGAUGUUUGCUUCUGGUUAUUGUCUUUGUUAAUGCUAAUUGGUCAGGUUUUAUGACUCUGUGUGUUUGUCUCUCUUUCCUUAACUUCCCAACUGUAAAAAUAAAUGUUCUCAGACUUGCACCACACAUCCUUACCAAUUAGGGUGACUGAUCAGGUUUGCUCUCAUCACAUCCCUUAUCAUGUGUCAGGAUUAUCUCUGUAUGUUCUUGUUUAUGGCUCCUUUGACCAGAUAUCCUUAAAAGAGCAGACAUGCUCCUUCGACAUCCCAUGACACUCUUCCAUUGACCGGUAAUAUCAGACGCUGCACCACUCCUCACUCCCAUAGAGCCUGAAUGGGGCCCCCCUAUGGGCUGCACACAUCGAGGCAGGAGCCUGAUUCCUCUGGGCAUUAACCACAGAGGGGAGCAUGUGCAAGGGCUGUGGUUGCUGGCCAACCCAUCAGAGACAAUAGACAUGAAUGUAUUGAGGCACUUAAGAUCAGUAACACCUCAGUAAGUGUAACAGUUCGUAUAGGCAAGUCCAGUUCUUUGGCUUUGAUAGCUGCAUCUCUCCAUGCACUGGGUCAUGGGAUGUCUGUGGCCAGGUGGAUCCUGCAGUUUUGGUCUCAUUCCAGCAGAGCCGAGUGAUCUGCACUGGUGACCUGCUUUGGGGUUAGCUCUGUGCUGACUGCUGAGUCGCACCGCAGUAUCAAAGACAGCUAGGCUUAAUUCUUAGUUUUUGGAACCAGUGGUAGUUCUGCACCAUUUGUAAUGUUAGUCCAUGUUACACAUUCUUUCACAAAUUGUAAGACAUUGCUGUUUUCCUAAUUAAGGUUGGCAUUUCCCUUCCUGUACCCCUUCAUUUCCAGUGAACCAUGGCUCAGACUUGACCGGGACAAUUUUCUGAGAUUUUAGGGUCAUGUCAUGACUACCCCUCCUGUAGAAUUCCCAGUCUAACCCAAAUGUCCCUUCUCCCAGCUUAAAGGAUUGUAAAUCAGAAGCUGGAAUCCAAGACAAGCAUGUACCUCCCAAAUUCCCCAAUGUAGUCUCCAACUACAUAUGCACAUCCUCCUCCCCCAGACCUGCGUGUAGGGAACAUGCAUUGGUUCAACCCUUCCCCACACAGGCACACUCAUAGAAACACGGGGACAGAGAUGUGCACAUCAUGCCCAGCUGAAAUUGGCAGACUACGUACUUGGGGAGCGUGGGGAGGGGAGGGAAAGAAAAGCUACUGUCAAGGACAGCUAUCAUUCAAUCUAGUUAUUCGAUCUGGUUCUUCAACGGAUUACUUGUAAUGCAAAUCAAAAGGACCUAACAAAGCCAUUAGUUAUGAUAUUUCAGGAUACUGUUUUUUUUAUACUUGGUAACAUCCUAAUAUGCCCUUGUGGUUCAUGGGUAUUUGGUGAAGGUUAGCAUGGACAGGUAUAUAUGUUGUUCCUCUUUCUGUACUCCCAAAGCCAUCUUACUUGAAAUUUACACCUGACCGGCCCCUUUUAUACCCCUAACCAGAGAGGCCCAAGUUGACUGGAGGUUAAUAAAUGUGACACCCAUCUAUGAGAAGGGCUGAAAGGAGGGUCCGGGGAACUACAGGCCUGUCAGUCUGACCUCAGCGCUGAGGGAGGUUAUGGAGCAGAUCAUCUUGAGUGCCAUCACAUGGCACGUGCAGGACAACCAGGUGAUCAGGCCCAGUCAGCAGGGAUUUAUGAAAGGCAGGUCCUGCCUGACAAAUCUGAUAUCCUUCUAUGACAAGAUGACCCACUUGAUUGAUGAGGGAAAGUCUGUGGACUACAGUCUACCUGGACUUAAGUAAAGCCUCUGACACUGUUUCACACAGCAUUCUCGUGGAGAAACUGGCUGCUCAUGGGGUGGAUGAGCAUACUCUUCGCUGGGUAAAAAACUGGCUGGAUGGACAAGUCCAGAGGGUUGUGGUGAAUGGAGUUAAAUCCAGUUGGUGGCCAGUCCCAAGUGGUGUUCCCCACGGCUCAGUACUGGGACCAGUUCUGUUUAAUAUCUUUAUCAAUGAUCUGGAGGAAGGGAUUGAUUGCACCCUCAGUAAGUUUGCAGACGACACGAAGUUGGGUGAGAGUGUUGAUCUGCUUGAGGGUAGAAAGGUUCUACAGAGGGAUCUGGACCAGCUGGAUCGAUGGGCUGAGGCCAAUUGUAUGAGGUUCAACAAGGCUCAGUGCUGGGUCCUGCACUUGGGUCAAAACAACCCCAUGCAGCGCUACAUGCUUGGGGAAGAGUGGCUGGAAAGUUGCCCAGCAGAAAAGGACCUGGGGGUGUUGGUCAACAGCCAGCUGAAUAUGAGCCAGCAGUGUGCCCAGGUGGCCAAGAAGGCCAAUGGCAUCCUGGCCUGUAUCAGAAAUAGUGUGGCCAGCAGGACUAGGGAAGUGAUCAUCCCCCUGUACUUAGCACUGGUGAGACUACACCUUGAAUAAUGUGUUUAGGUUUGGGCCCCUCACUACAAGAAAGACAUUGAGGUGCUGGAAUGUGUCCAAAGAAGAGCAAUGAAGCUGGUGAAGGGUCUAGAGAACAAGUCUUACAAGGAGCAGCUGAGGGAACUGGGAUUGUUUUGCUUGGAGAAAAUGAGGCUGAGGGGAGACCUUAUCGCUCUCUAGCAGUACCUGAAAGGAGGUUGUAGUGGGGUGGGUGUCGGUCUCUUUUACCAAGUAACAAGUGAUGGGAAGAGAGGAAAUGGCCUCAAGUUGCACCACAGGAGGUUUAUAUUGGAUAUUAGGAAAAUUUUCUUCACCAAAAAGGGUUGUCAAGCAUGGGAACAGGCUGCCCAGGGAAGUGGUUGAGUCACCAUCCCUGGAGGUAUUUAAAAGACGUAUAGAUGUGGCACUUAGGGACAGUGGUGGACUUGGCAGUGAUAGGUUAACAGCUGGACUUGAUCUUAAGGGUCUUUUCCAGCCUAAAGGAGUCUGUGAUUCUAUGUAGUUGUUAAACAUGGAAGGCAUCUUGUGCAGUUCCCCAGAGCUCACUCAGCUCGUCCAGGCUCAUUAGCCCUGACUCUGGCCUUUGUGUGAGUUACAGCUUUUUUUUUCCUUUCCCUUUUUUUCCCCCAAAGGUGUUUUCCCCUCUGCUACCCUUCAUAAGGGAAAUCUGGCUGUAGCUUAAAGUUAGCUCAUACCCAUCUGCAAGAGAAAGAGUCACAAAGCUAGUGUAUGUAUUCACCUGAGCAGCGCAGGGCUCCUCAGGGGUGGAAAAUAGGAUCUUUGGACCUGCACUAUGACUCAGAGGGAAGGUAUUUUGGUCCCCAGAAAAGCCAUGGCAUAGAACCAUGAGCUUCCAAGGGCCAGGAAGGAGCAAUAGCUGCAGUCAGUCUUGAAGUCAUCUGUGUGAAGGUACUGCUCUGUUCCUACAUUUAGCUUGACUUGCAGUUAGCAAGAGUCACUGCAAGAUGAUCUCCAACUGUGCUGCUGGAGUUUGGGACUCUUCUAGAAUUUAAAUGGUCCUGGGGUUAAGCCAAAUGUGGGAAAUGAUGGUGGAGAGAUGCAAGUUUGCUGAAGAAACUCCUGCCCACUGGAUGCCAUGAGAGGCUGAAGAACCUGAGUCCUGUGUAUGGUCUUAUUAAACUUCCCCUGCCCUCUUUUUCCCGCUGGGCUAGCUGAGUUUCUUCAACCAGGGACAAGAAGAUCCAUGCAGCAGAUGAGAAGGAUCAGACUGAACUUCUGGUCCCAGGUUCUGAGGCCUUCUGCCUGUGCAGUGUUUUGUGUUCAGCAACAGUCUUUGUGCUUUUAUGUCCUCUGAUAUGCAGUGGUCAGCCACUACCACCUCAGGGACCCAACCAUGUAGCCCCUUCUCUCCUAAAUGGGUGUCUCAGUUGGCCACCAGAACUUACGAUCUCUCCAGCAACUGGUCUCCUCGGGUCCCUCCAGUACCCAGUUCUUCCAGUUUUCUUACUUGUACACACAGCUGGUUCCCAGGUCACUUCACUUAGCUGUUAGUCUGUCUGGAUACUUGCUUACACACUUACACAGCCUUGCUUGCUCUGUUUGCUGGCACCAUGGACACACAGGCCAUCUGACUCCAUUUACUGCACUCAGGCCCCUAUACACACACACAGACAGAAUAGAGAGCCCUCACCCAGGAAGACAGUUAGAAAUGAAGUUUAAUAAGAAGACAGGAGAGACUGCACUGAGCAGAUACAGGGCAUGAAAAGUGUACUGACCAGCCUGUGGUUCCUCCCCUAAACAUCCUAUAAUAAAUCUUGUACAAUCCCAGGAUGCUUUUCCCUUUCAUUCCAUAAUGUGUCCUGUACCCCCUAGGCAUUAACUGUGCCUCAGUCUGUAAGGUGACCCAGAAAGCUGCUACCACCAACUCAUCAGGAUGUGUAUUACUCAUGGGGCUGAUGGCUCUGCUGGGACAGCCCUAGGAAGAGCUGGGUCAGGGUGUCCAUUUUUCUGGUUAGGUUAUUGCGGUUUCUCUACCUGUUGCUGGGCCUUUGUAUUCUUUUGUGUGUGUGGAGACCAGCUUUUUAUUGUAUAACCAAAGAAAUUCACUUUGCAAAGGAGCAGAGAAGAGCCUGAACCCAGCAGCACUGGUAGGCAUUUUGAAUAACCACUUCUCUGAAGGGUUUACUGAUAAGGCAAUCCUGUAGCAGUAACUGAACUUCUAUUUCAAAGCACAGCUGAAUGCAAGCUCCAGGGAAGUGGGUCUGUACCUGGGAGAGGUAUUAUUUCCAUUUUCUCAUCCUGAGAAGGGGAGAAGUGACUAAUCCACCAUGACUGCUCCAGCUGCUUACUGAGCUUGGGAACCACUCCAUACUCCUCUGGGAUGCAGAGGAAGGUGAAGAGAAAAGCUGAGUUUUGUGCUCUAGGGCACCUACGCUACAGCAGGGGCAAGUACACCAUGACAUGAGGGAUAGUUUUGGCUUUGGUGGAUACAGAGUGGGUUGGUAGCAGUGCAGAAGUCUGCAGGGCUUAAGAGGGCUUCAUCCCUCUGGUGCCUCGUGUGUCUAAAGAUUAUGCAUUUGCCAUGGAAUUCAUCCCCUGUCUUCAGGCAUCUGUAAUGCAGGAGUAUGAUGACACAGGGUGUUAACAUGAGGUCUGCAACUAUACACCCACAUAUACAGGUGUAGGGUUGAGCUGAGUAUCUGCAAACAGUUCAGUUAACUGAAGUCUGGUGCCAUUCGAAGGGACACUGAUGCUCUUUUGGGGGCAUGGUUCACCCCUCUGCUCCACACAGAUGGCUCACAUAUACCUCAGAUCAUUUAAAUAAUGCCAGCCUUUUCAUACACUGUUUGACUUUCCCUUGCUCUCUUUUGAUAUUUCACUCCUAAAAUCAAUUCAAGUAUAUUCUAGUUUGUUCAGUGAAGUAGAUUUAUAGCACACCCUGUAUCAGUCAAUACUAAGUAAUUAAUAAAAAAAACCCUCUUCAUUUUAAGUCAGAGAAAAUAAAUGAUUGGACACUUGACAUAAAGUACAUUUAAAUAUUAUCGAUCCUGUUUUCCUGUGACAAUAUAGAGAUGUGUUGCAAUAAAAAUAUUGUAAAAAUAAAUUUGUUUUUCAAAAUAUCCUAAUUGAAAAUAUGUGUAUGCAUUUAGCACUUUUGAAGGUAAGCUGCAAUGCUAUAAGAAACACUUGGAGGAAUAUAAUGGGCCAUUUAACAAACAGAGAUUAAACAAAUAUGUGACACUGA